CUGCUGCUGCUGCUGCUGCUGGCGGUGGUGUCGCCACUUGUGGCGCUUGCAACCCGGCGGCGACAUGCCCUUUCCCAUCUCACUCAGUCACUCACACCCCCACGACUCGACCAUCCACCACCUUCUCGCCCUGCGACCCAUGCAUCGACGACCACGACGAUUUCGAGGCGAGGCGUUGCGGGCUGAAUCACCCCGUGACAGGUAACAACGCCACCUCCUUCGCACCUCGUCACGCACAGACACGAGCAAAGGGCGCGGCAAGCGACGCCGGCGCAAACAACAAAAAACCUCACAGCAGGAGCGAUCAUCGCCCUCCUUCAACUCAUCAUGUCUCUCAACGUCCAAGGAAUCGAAAAGCCACACGCAAAGGGGUUCACGGGGUACACUGGCACUAACCUGCGCGACCUCAACCCCCUCGGCCGCAUAUUCACCUUUGUCGCUUUUCGCCAUGUAUCCUGCGCGUGGUUCGCAGGCCAGGUCGCGAGCCCCAUGCCACAGUGGGACGAGUCGGGCGAGUACUUCUGGGUCGUGCGCUCGCGGCGCGCUGGCGACCUCUUGGUGCCCGAUAGCAAGGUCAAGGCGAUCGAGCGGGACGAGUACCUUCGGCUAGUGGAGGCCGAGGAGUGUGUGUACUGGCCCGCACACGCGUGGAAGACACAAGCGCUGCAGGCAAGGCGACAGCACCUGUGGAGACUAUCCGGCCAUGCUUGGCCGGACCCCCCGCCACCGCUUCCCCUAGCAACCCAGGCGGUCGCGCACGACUUUGCGCUCGGCGUCUCGGAGCUCGCAAGGACAGAACACUGGCAGGGGCUUCCCGCCCACGUCGCCGAUCUGCGCGCGCACACCGAGGGCGACGGCGAGUUUGUGGCCGAGGUCCGCGCCGCCUUUCCAGUCAAGUACUGGGCGAGCAAGCCCGCGCCAGUGUAUACCCGGAGCACUGCCAGCGCCGGCACCAGCCGCCGUGUGGGCGUAGCGUGAGAUGAGUGGGGGGCGCGUGGGCGUGGGAACGAGGCAGGCGCGUUGGUUGUAUGCAGCUGGUCGUGGUU